GAAGAGCGGCGAACACUCUUUGUUCGUCUAUCGUACACUCCACUGUCUCUCUCUCGCCACCGCCCCUUUCAUUCUGUUUUUCCACCCCAGAUGGAGAAGCUUUAUAAGUCACCCUCGUCGCCGGUGGGUGGCUCAACCGCCUCUCCUGACUGAUCUCUGGGCGUCUUCUUCUAUUUUUUACCCCCUUCUCUAAUCGAUCCGCUUCCUGUCGCCUCCCUUUGAGCCUGCGCUGUGCUCGCGGCAUCAUGAGCAGCUUCGAAGCGGCGCUAGGGGGCCGUCGUACUUUCACGGAUGCUCAGUGGCAAGAGAUGGAGCAUCAGGUGCUGAUCUUGAAGUAUCUGAUAGCAGGCGUGCCCGUGCCGCCGGAGCUCAUCGUUCCCAUUCGGAGAAGCUUCGAGGCCUUGACCGGACGAUAUUAUCACCCUUCGAUGAGUUACUAUUCCUACUAUGGAAAGAGACCAGACCCGGAACCAGGGCGAUGUCGUCGGACUGAUGGCAAAAAGUGGCGCUGCUCAAAGGAUGCAUAUCCUGGUUCAAAGUAUUGUGAGCGCCACAUGCACCGUGGCCGCAAUCGUUCAAGAAAGCCUGUGGAAUCACAAACUGUCUCGCCAACUAAGAAUACUUCGUCAACCUUGGCAUCCUUUUCUCCUGCCAGUGACAAUACCAGUGGGAGCGGUGCUGAGAACUUCAAGAACAUUACUAUACAUUCAACUGCUGGACCAAGUACUCAUAUUCCAUGCAUCAAUGUCACCGGCUCAUCUCAGCUGCCCGUGGACACCUACACCCUGAGCAAUAGGUACUUCUCUGGACUUAGAGCUGAUGUGGAUGAGCACAGAUUCUUUUCUGAAGCUUCUGGCAGCGGAAAGGUCCUUGGAGUUGACAACCCAUGGCACCUAAUGUCGACAUGGUCAUCCACGUUUCCUCAGUCAAAAUUGCAAGAUUCUUUCAAUUUGAGGAAUGCUUAUCCUCAACUUCAGUUACUGCAAGAUCAUGGGCAGGUUACCCUCCCCUCGCUAUCUGGACAGCAGUGCCAGCAGGAUCAUUCUUUAUUUGGAAGUGAAUCCAGUUUAACAGAGCCAGCAAAACAUGAGACUCAGUCCCUUCGACCCUUUUUCGAAGAAUGGCCCAAGGCAAGAGAUUCUUGGCGAAACCUUGACGACAAUAGAUCAAACCGGGCCUCAUUUUCCACGACCCAGCUCUCCAUUUCAAUUCCAAUGACUUCACCAGACUUCACCAGCACCUCUUCCAGGUCACCAAACGGUGGGAUUCAUUCGCAAACCAUAUUUCUACUGCAUAGUAGUUCACAGGUCAGUCUUCUUUUUCCUCUCUCGUAUCCCUUAUGCUAUAUAUAUUUUUUUCUGCAGAAGAUUGAGAGGGAGGGAAUCUCAAAUACUUCCAGUCCUUUGCUGAAUCUACAAAGAACAUCUGUUCAAUCCAACAAUUGUCUGUGGUUUUUCUAUUGCCUGUGGUUUUUGUAGUAGUGUAAUCCAACAAAUCCAACAAUGAUUAUAUUGUCUGUGCUAUUAUCUUGUGCCUUAGUAUUCCGAGAAACUGGGUGCAAGAAGUUUUGUAUCUUGACUUGCAAACUUGUUUCUGAACAAUCAAACUUAUAGGUAUCUUCCAGACGUUGUUUCUUUCCUAU